CGAAAGAUGGCCACCUCCAUCAGGACACUUGUCCUCAGAGUUGUCGGUGAUUCCACGCGAAAUAUUCAUCAUGUUUUAGGGAGUCGAGUCAAACAUUCAUUCUGUAAUGCGGGGAUCACAGUAUGUCGUGGCUACAGUGAUGGCAAAAGUACACACUUUGGUUUCGAAACGGUGCCAGAGGAGGACAAAGCAGAGAGAGUGUAUAAGGUAUUUGAAAGUGUGGCCAAGAAGUAUGAUGUGAUGAAUGAUGCCAUGAGUUUGGGAAUACACCGCCUCUGGAAAGACACGCUCCUGCACAUAAUGAAUCCUCAGCCUGGACUACGGUUAUUGGACACAGCUGGUGGCACUGGUGACAUCUCUUUCCGCUUCCUGGAGUACACACACUCGAUGUAUGAUCGUCAGCAGCGGCAGAGAGCGCGGUCCAAUCAGACGCCAUCAUGGCAGGACCUUGCCGGUCAUUAUAAGACAGAUGAGGCAGCGCCUUCGCAGUCCCGGGCAGUGGUGUAUGACAUCAACAAAGAGAUGCUUAAAGUCGGUAAACAGAAGGCAGAGAAAGCAGGAAUCGGCACAGGCCUCUCGUGGGUCAUGGGUGAUGCAGAGGAGCUCCCGUUCGAUGACGAUCAGUUUGACAUAUACACUAUUGCAUUUGGCAUCAGAAAUGUCACUCACAUAGAGCAAGCUCUACAAGAGGCUUUCCGGGUCCUUAAACCAGGUGGAAGAUUCUUGUGUUUAGAAUUCAGCAAAGUGUCGAACCCUCUGCUUGAAAGGCUGUAUGACACGUAUAGUUUUCAGAUGAUCCCUGUGUUGGGUGAAGUGAUCGCAGGAGACUGGAAAUCAUACCAAUAUCUGGUGGAGAGCAUCCGGAAAUUCCCUGACCAGGAAACAUUCAAAGAAAUGAUUGAGGGUGCUGGCUUCUUCUGUGUCCAGUAUUUCAACCUGACAGGGGGAAUUGUUGCCAUUCAUUCAGGGUUCAAGCUCUGAGUGUUUGUCUCCCCUUUGCGGUCAGCACACUUUUGCCUACAAAUGAACUUAUAAGAGAGAGUGCUGUCCUACAAACAAUGGUGAGGAAUUAAAAUGAGAACAUGGAGUGUGUAAAGAAACUGGGAGAAUUCCUUUUACACAUUCUUCAUGUAUUUAUUGUCUGUUGCUACUUGGAAACACGUUUCAAUCUCAGAGGUUAAAAAGGAAGAUCAAAAUGCUCUUAAAGUGUUGUGGGUUUGAGGAGAUUAAAACAGCUUCUUUUUGAAAUGUGACCUUUUUAGAGAAGAUGGACAAUGUGUUUGGUUAUUGGCCAUGGGAAAGCACACAUUGACCUAAUAAACUCAAAUAAAAAUACAAAUAUUUAAAUCAUAUCCCAUUACAGCACGUGUAAUUUACAGUAAUGAAUAAUGUGACUCUUAUUGCCAUCAGUCUCUAAUUGACAAUUAAACACUAUUAAUGCACAGAAUGUGUACGGACCCUUAUAAUGUGAUUCCUUGGACUUGGUGUGUGCUACUUAUUUCUCCUUUAGCAUCAAACUUACUGUGACUGUUGCUUCUUGAAAGUCACAAAACUAAAAAUCCACUUCAUGAGGAUCAUGCAAUGUUUUACAAGAUGAAAAAAUAUUGUUUUUGUAAACAUGAAACACUCCAAUGAGUUUACUUUAAUAAAACCAUAUUUUUAAGAUCUUUGUACACAUUUACAAAACUGUACAACAAUUUUAAAAUCAGUUUUUGGUCAGAGAAUAUUUAAUCGUCUUGUGUGCAAUUACCAUGUAUUUACAAAGUCUCUUAUUAGUGAUCUCCACAAAAAAAAAUAAAAAAUUACACAGACACUGAACAUAAGACAUGGCUUGGAGAUAAAUAUAUUAGUCAAUAAAUAUUCAGAGAACAUAUUUCCAUUUAUGAAAUGUGCUGCUAUACAGAUACAGAAAUAUACACAGAUCAAGCUCUAACCUUUAACAUUUUUAAAAUGAUAAUGGAGAAAAUAAUUAUAUCUUUUAAAAAUAUUAAUUUUUGUACACAUUUUCUUUUAUACAAUCUUAAGUGCUACAAGCAAUACGAAAUAUUAAAUAGUGACUUAAGUAACCAGAAAAAAAAAAAAAUGCUAUAUUUGCAGUAGAUAUCUCUAUGCAAGGCAAGAUUCUCAUGUUACGGCACUGUUUAGUCUAUGUAUAAAUAAAAAGUUACUUUAAAAUGACCGCCUGUGUAAGCUGUAUGCGUACAUUUCAUAGAAACAGUAUAAAAUACUCUGUAAAAAACAGAAAGGCAUGAUGAUAUGAUGGUGUAUAUUUGUAAAAGCAUGAGUGCAAGUUUAUAGUAUGUAAUUAUUUAAGGUAAUUAUGUAUGUGUCUGCAUUUGAUACAUAUACUAUGUGUGUGUGUGUGUAUAUAUGUAUGUAUAUAUAUUACACACACACACACAUAUAUAUACACCACUGCAUUGCAAUCUCUUUAAACCAUUAUACUUUGGUGUCUUUGACAAUCUGUUAGCUUGUAUUAAAAAAUUUAAAUAAAAAGUUAUAAAAUAACUUAUCAGGGUCAAAAGCUACAAGUUCUGUACCUCUAACACUUGAGUAGUCCAGUUCUGAUUCUACCAGCGGUGUUGGGCUGUACCCUGGAGACAAACUAAACUUUGGUGUGAUGCACAUGCAGCUCAGUAGUCUCCAUUGAUAAUAUGGAUUAUAUAAGCAAAACAAAAAAUGAACAAAAGCUUUUUGUCUUGGUCGGUUUCUGUACUAAAAAGAUAAAAGGCCCUGAGAGGAAGAGAAAGAUGUACAUUUUCAAGAGCGAUGUACACCUAGUUACAUUUUCAGUAAGAAAUUACCUUUGCACCUGAUGUGCACUUGUUCUUGAAAUGUUCAGUUUUGGUUUUUAUUUCUCAACGAUAUAGUUGACUGAGAUGUACGUACAUGCCGUAUGAUUUCAUAACCUCACAUGCAAUUCUGAAUGAAAUAAGUGUACAAGAGCAUUCAAAUCAUCUUAGUUAAUAAUGUGGAACUCAAGCAAAAUCUAAAUUUUCAUAAAAAUUUAAAAGUUAGUAAUUUACAAAUGUUUCCCUGGUCCUAGUCUGAUCAAGAGAGAAGCAUACAUAUAAUGAUGCUCUGCUCUCUAAGUUUGACUCACAUUUCUGACUUUGUGUAGCAUGUGGAAGUAUGAAUAGCUUUGUACUUUCGCUUCAUAUUUCUUCUGCAACCGUUGUGAUUAUGUGACCAAUUCUGAAGGCCACAGGAAUGAACAAGAUCACCACGGCAAAAUAGUAAAAUCUCGAUUUGAUACUCAAACCCAGUACACUCCAGAGUUUUGACGAUACAACCAUUAA